CCAAAUGAAAAGAAGUACCAGAACAAAAAUAUUUUGUAAAGCAGCCGUUAUCCACCUCAUUCAUUUUCUGCCUAUGUCGGCCCUUUCCCUUCCCAUGAUCUGAUCACUCCAUCUUUCCCUUUUCCGAUCUCUCCACCAAAUCCGAAUCCUCACCAAUACCCGACCCGGAUCCGGCCCAUUCCAAUGUCUUCAUCACGUCGUCUCCGAGAUCUCCAAGCCCAACCCGGCAACAAAAUCUGCGUCGAUUGCUCUCAAAAAAACCCCCAAUGGGCCUCUGUUUCCUACGGUGUUUUCAUGUGUUUAGAAUGUUCUGGUAAACACCGUGGCUUAGGUGUCCACAUCUCAUUCGUCCGAUCUGUUACUAUGGACUCAUGGUCCGAGAUCCAGUUAAGGAAAAUGGAACUUGGUGGUAAUGAUAAGUUGAAUAAAUUCAUCGCUCCAUACGGCAUCCCAAAGGAAACUGAUAUUGUUACCAAGUAUAAUACGAAAGCUGCUAGUAUUUAUCGUGAUAGGAUUCAAACUUUAGCUGAGGGUAAACCCUGGCGGGACCCCCCUGUUGUUAAGGAAACUGUAAAUGGUAACAAUAAGAGCAGUAAUAGUAAACCUCCGUUGAGUGGUAGUAAAAGUGGUAAUAAUUCUGGUUGGGAUAACUGGGAUAAUUUUGAUGAUGGUGGGGGCAAUAAUAAUAGUAAUAUUAAUAGUAAUAUGAGGAGAAAUAUGACUGUGAGUGAUUUUAGGAGUGGUGGAGGUGGUGGUGGUGGGCCAGCUAGGUCGAGAUCGACGGAUGAUGUUACGCGGUCGCAGUAUGAGGCGUCUGCGGCGAAUAAGGAUAAUUUUUUUGCUAGGAAAAUGGCUGAGAAUGAUUCCAGGCCGGAGGGGCUACCGCCUUCUCAAGGAGGGAAGUAUGUUGGAUUUGGAUCGAGUCCUGGUCCAAUGCCGAGGAAUAAUAAUGGUAACAAUUCGCAAGGCGAUGUUCUUUCUGUUGUUACUCAGGGAUUCGGUAGAUUAUCUAUGAUAGCAGCCUCAGCGGCACAGUCUGCUGCAACCGUUGUUCAAGCAGGGACCAAGGAAUUGGGCUCUAAGGUGUCAGAGGGUGGUUAUGAUUACAAGGUGAAUGAAACAGUCAAUGUCGUCGCAACAAAAACAACUGAGAUUGGACAGAAGGGCUGGGGUAUCAUGAAGGGGGUCUUGGCUUUAGCUUCGCAAAAGGUUGAGGAAUUUGCUGAGGGUCCAAACUCGAGGGACGAUAGUUGGCAACGAAGUCAAAAUCAACAAAACGGUUUUUAUAAGGAAUCCAAUCAGGCGUCUAAAGGAUGGAAUUCUUCUGGAGGAGUGCAAUCAUCUGGUAGGCAUUCCAAUUCUGUCAACUCGAGUUCCUGGGAUGAUUGGGAUAGUAAAGACAACAGGAAAGAAAAUUCUACAAAAGGGGCCACAUCAAGUAAUGAUGAUGGCUGGGCUGGUUGGGAUGAUGGUAAGGAUGAUGAUGGAUAUGAUAAUUUCCAAAGUGCAUCCAAUAAUAAACAUGUUGUUCAUGGUGGAAAAUGGACUGAUGGAGGUUUCCUCUAAGAGUAGCAGAUGCCACAACUUCUAGCGGUAAUUCUUUUCCCUUCCAAAAUCAAUUUCAUCCAAAUUACUUUUUGGAGGAAUUUCUCUCUGAAACUAGUUGAUGUAUGUACCAUUACAAACAGGAUUGGUUAAUUGCCUCUCAUGUAAAAGAAAAAAGGAGUGCAGGAAACAGAACAAACUGUUCUGAGGACCAUUAUUCUUUGAGGUUACAAACUUUUAGCUUACAUUUGGACUUUUAAUGACCAUACUGUAUUACUACUUUCUGCAUUUUUGGUCCUAUUAAUCCGAUAUUGUCUUUAUUUGUGUACCAUUUCAUUGUGUUGUAUACAACUGCAUAAUAUAUUCAUUUGAGCAUGUAAGGAUAUAUGCACAUGCACAUUCUCUU